GAGUUGCGCCGCGCGAUUAGUUUGAAACAUGGUCAGCUACCGGGAAGCGGCGACGGGGGACGCAGCAGCCAUUGCAGCGCUCGUCAACUACUGCUACCGUGGUGAACCGAGCAAAGAAGGCUGGACAACGGAGGCAGACUUUCUCACAAAGCCUCGGACAGACGCUGAGGAAGUCGCGUCCUUGAUGACAGCAACGUCGAAGAUCAUACUCGCGGAAGAGGACGCGGUGCUUGUCGGGUGCGUCAACGUUCAGCUAAAAGUGAAGGAAUGCACAGGAUACCUCGGCCUCUUCGUUGUCCUACCAAGUCUCCAGGGCCGCGGCCUGGGGAAGGCCCUACUAGCCACCGCUGAAGCGACAUUCACGGCGACAUGGCCCGUCGCGGAGAUUGAGAUCACCGUCUUCACGAUUCGCACCGAGUUGCUCGCGUUCUAUGAGCGCCGAGGCUAUAAGCGUACGGGCCGUACGUGGUCGGCCAAUAUUCCUGGCGCCACAGUGCCAAAUCUCAUGUUCGAAACGCUUGUCAAGCAAGUACAGCAGUCACCGCAGUCGUCGUGUCUCUCGUAAUGAUAUAGUCAACGCGAUAUGUACUGCAUAGUUGGCACUUUGUGGUUUGCGUGUGCC